UUUGCCCUCUUGUUCCAUCCCCUGCCCUGGAGCCGGGGUGUUGUUGACCCGCUCUCUCGUGGCUCGUGGGUCGGCCGAGCGUCCCGUGGAAUUCCCAGUCGCCGACGAGCACCGCGGGGCCUGGGCCACGAUGGACUUCCCCAGCUCCCUUCGACCCACACUGUUCAUGGCUGGCCCCCUUGGUCUGAGUAAUGUCCCUGACUUGUCCUUCAUGUGUAGCUGGAGAGACGCCCUGAUGCUGCCGGAGUCCCUGCCCGAGAACUCUGAGAAUGGGGGGCCGCAUAUGGCCACGCAGCUGCUCUGGGAGCCAGAGACCCCCGGGCCCCUUCCUCUGCUGCCUCCUGGUCCUGAUCCCUGGGACCCUGGGGUGACUGCCCAGGACCUGCUUUUCCGGGGAGGUUUCACAUUCCGAAGGAAGCCCCGAGCCGUGCUGGAUGUUACGGAACAGCUCAGCCGCUUUCUGUGGGACCAUGGGGACAUAGCCUUUGCACCCCUGGGGAAGCUGAUGCUGGAGAAUUUCAAACUGGAGGGAGCACGGAGCCGUUCUAAGAAGAAGACAGUGGUCAGUGUGAAGAGCCUACUCCAGGACCUCGGUGGACAUCAGCCCUGGGGCUGCCCCUGGGCUUUCCUCAGCUACCGACAGCGCCGCUUCUCCAUCCUCGGGGGCCCCGUCCUGGGCAAGUCAGUGGCCAGCCUCCUGGGGGAGCUGCUGCACGAGGAGCUGGCCGUGCGGUGGGAGCAGCUGCUCCUGGACGACGCGUUCACCGGGGGCGCUUUGGCCUGGGUGCCCGGGAGGACGCCCCAGGUGGGACAGUUGGUCUACCCUGCAGGAGGUGCUCUGGACAAGCUCUGUUUCCAAGAGGUCAGUCUGACCUCAAGCGGUGCUGCUCAGGCUCUCAGGGACCCUGGCCACAUCCAGCUCCGAGGACCUGUCCGGCAGGUGGUGACCCGCACCGUGCAAGGAGAAACCCUGCUGGCUGUCCGCUCUGACUACCACUGCGCCCUGUGGAAGGUCAGUAAGCAGGGGCAGCCUGCCCCUCUCCCAGUGCUGCAGGUCAGGAAGGGGGCCACUGGGAUCAGCCUCAGCCCGCAUCUGCCCGGGGAGCUGGCGGUCUGCAGCCGUUCCGGAGCCGUCUGUCUGUGGACCCCCCAGGACGGGCUGCAGCAAGUCUACAAGGACCCUGAGACCCUUGUGUUCUGUGACCAUUCUUCCUGGCGCUGGGCAGACUUCACCGCUCAUCCCCGGGUGCUGACUGUGGGGGACCGCACAGGAGUGAAAAUUGUUGACACUCAGGGCCCACCCGGCUGUGGUCUGCUGCUUUUUCGUGGGGGCGCAGAGGCAUCGUGCCAGAAAGGAGAACGUGUCCUGCUGACCCAGUACCUGGGGGCGUGCAGCCCCGAGCCCCUGCAUCCCACGCUCCAUCUCAUCUGCACGCAGUUUUCUCUCUACCUGGUGGAUGAGCGCCUCCCCUUGGUGCCCAUGCUGAAGUGGAACCAUGAGCUCCCCUCGGCUCCCCUGUGGGCCCAGCUGCUGCCCCCGCCACGGCCCGGCUGCCCACGGCCGCUGCUCCUGGGCGCCCAGCGCGGGCACCUGCGGCUGCUACACCUUACAGGAGAGGGGGCCUCUGCACCCAGGCUGGCGGGGCACCCCCAGUCUCUCCCUUCCAGCAGCGACUCCCUCUCCGCGUUUCCCCUGCUGGAGCCCAAGAGUCAGUGGCGGCUGCAGGAGCGUCUGAAAGCACCAACCAUAGGUCUGGCUGCCACCAUCCCUUUCCCGGCGUCCGAGCCAGUCCUGUCGCUCUUCCAGCUCUCAGCAGCCGGGGAUAUCUUCCACCAGCGCCUCCGCCUCCAGGCAGACCCUGGGGCUACCCUCCAUGCCCCCACGGCUUCCUGGACUCCGCAGGCCACUGCGUUCUGCAGCCGAUGGCUGAAGGCCCUGCUGAAGGUGCCCCCGCCUCCCCCUGUGUGGGCGGCACCCACCUUUUCCCACCGCCGCCUGCUGGGCUGCAUGGAGCAGAGGACGGGGGAGCACAAGGGGCCAGAGGGUCUCCGAGCAGCCAUGGCUGGAGGGCGGCUGCUGCAGCAGAGGGACCUGGGCCCACUCCCCUCUGCGGAGCCACCCCCUGCCCCCGAGCCGGGCCCUGAGGAUGAGCUCAGUGCACGUUUGGAGGCGGCUUGGGAAGGCCAGAUGGCCGCCUGGUGGGAGAGGCAGCAGGGCCGGAGCUCCGGGCCCAGCAGACCGUCCAAGCGGCACAAGCGCCGGACUCAACUGUCCAGCACUUUCUCCUCACUCAGCGGCCGCCUGGACCUCUCGGAUGCCAUCAGCCCCCCUCAUAGCCCAGACCGGGCAUCCCCCGAAGCCAAGUCUCAACCACCAGUGACCCCGCCCUCCCAUGAGUCCACUCAGGAGCUAUGGGCUCAGGGUGUCCCCUCGGAGCGGCAGCAGACUCUCCGUGACUACAUGGCCAAGCUGCCGCUCGGAGGGGACAGCCCACGUGGUGUCUGCUCGUCCCUCUCCCAGAGCCCCAGCCUCCAGGCCACGUCCUCCAGGUCCCAGACCCUCCAGGAACGCACAGCCGAGCUGCCGCCACGAAGGACCACCCUGAGAGGUGCCGCCGUGUCUUCCUCCCAGACCUCCAGCCUCCGGGCCACCCCCUCCAGGCAGCGGGCAUCUGUCCCCUCUGGCUCUCAGCCCCAGCGGAAGAAGCCGCGCAUGGGCUUCUGAGGGCCCGGGGGAGCCCUUCAUCCUGGACCGGCUGUGCCUUCUGUGGUUGGAAGCUGGGAAGUGGAAAGAGAACAGUCCCCGGAGCACAGGCCUUCCUGUUUCCAGAGCAAUGGAAACAGCAGGAUGGUUUCCUCUCCUUAUGCUUUUGCUAGAUCAUUCCAGAAGGCAUGUUGAGUAGGCCCUCGUGGUCCUGUCUUGAAGGGCUGUGUCAUGGGGAUUCCCUCCAGGAGUCGGUGGGCCAUGCUGCCCAGGAGCUGGGGCUGUUGCCCCCUCCCCCCAAGACACCGGGGUGACAGAAGGGCACCUGCUCCUCGCCGUGCUCGCAGGGAGUCCGAGCUGCCGGGGCUGGCCGCUCAGUCUGUGUUGGUUAAGCAGCGCCCACUGUGAUACACGUUUCACGGAGGGGGACACUUGGAACCCACGUUUAGGAACUGAAUAAGCCUGGCAGCGGCGCGGGGUUGGGAAUGAUGGGGUUUCUGGGGCCGGGAGCGCCACCUACAUCCCUUCCUCUGAAGCAUGUGGUUCUGUGGAACGCUUUGCUCCCCUGUGGGGAAACCCGCCCUCAAUGUCCCAAACCCCAGCGUUUGCUCUAGAUUUCUCCUCGCAUGUGCUGCUUUUCUCAGGGAACCUGGUGGAAGGAAUCGCACAGGACUCGCGCGGAUGUGAAAUGACCCAGUAACACGGGGACUCCCGCGGAUACUAAAAUGUCUGUAAUGCUCAGUUACACAACUUCCGCCCCUGAGACCCCGGGGACGUCGCGUUCUGCUUUGAGCACAGGAACACGGUGGUGCACACUUGCA